UUUAGUCUCUACUUGAUGUGGGGAAAAAAAAUAUAUAAAUGGUUUGCCCUGCCCCGUCUCCCUAAACUCUGGGAACAAUGUUUUUGUCCCGGGACUUGAGCGUUAUCACAUGACACUUGGUCAACUGCUGAAAUGAGAUUCCGGUUUUGUGGGGAUUUGGACUGCCCAGACUGGGUUCUUGCCGAAAUCAGCACUUUGGCGAAAAUCUCAAGUGUGAAGAUGAAACUCCUCUGUGUCCAGGUGUUGAUGGAUCUGCUGGGAGAGGGUAUUGAUUAUGACAAAGUUUCAAAGCUAACUGCAGAUGCAAAGUUUGAGAAUGGAGACAUCAAGGCCAGUGUAGCCGUGUUGACCUUCAUCCUCUCCAGUGCAGCCAAACAUGAUGUGGACAGUGAAUCUCUCUCCAGUGAGCUGCAGCAGUUAGGACUCCCUAAAGAACACACCACAGGACUGUGUAAAUCCUAUGAAGACAAGCACAUUCUCCUGCAGGAGAAGCUAAGGGAGAGCAGUCUGAGAUUGGGUCGGUUGGAUGUAGUGUCGUGGCGUGUUGACUACACCUUGAGUUCCAGUGAGCUUCAGGAGGUUAAUGAGCCCACAGUGAAGCUCUGUCUCCAGACCCAAGGGGCAGAGACUGGACACACGGAGACCACCAUCGUCUCUGUGUCUGCAGACAAGUUCAGAGUCCUGCUGACAGAACUAAAACAAGCACAGGCCAUGAUGAAUGCACUACAAUGAAGCAAGACUCUAAAGGUUUCGAUUAAGGAUGCAGUGACUGGAUCAGAAGAAAGUCAAGCAAGAGUGCAAGACAUUGACAGAAUAUCAUACAGGAUGAGUGGACCAUGAUCUUUUGAAUGUAUUUUGUACAUUGUGUUUAUUCUAUAAUUGUUAUUAAAUAUGUUGCUGUAUUUCUCAUUUGUCCAUGUCGAAUCUAUAUGUAUUUUCUUGAAAAAAUUACAACUUUACAAUUAAAUGUUUUGUCUACUUGUAAUUUGUUAAUUAGAAAAUGUGUAAGAGUAGAACUUACCCUCUAGUAACAUUUGGUGACGGGUACCCGUAGAUAUUAAAUGUGGAACUACAUGUCCCAUCAGCCAUUGCUCUUUUUAAGUAUUGCAACUGGCCGACUAAGGUGCAUCACUGAGUGGGCGUGUUAAUGUGAGUCGCAGUUCCAGAAGCAGCACACGUAAGUUCGUUGUUGUAAUUGCAAACAUUGUUCAUUGAUAUUUAUUGAAGAUGCACUCGGAAACAAAAAAGCUCAAAAUCACGAAGUAAAUUUACCACCAGAUUGAAAGUGAGUGCUGUUUGGCACGUUUUUUAAAUGAAUAUAACGCAGUAGCUAGCUAACGUUCGCUAGUUACACAACUCAUUUAACAUCACAACACUCCAUGCGUCCAUACAAGGUUUGGCUAUUGACUUGCAUGCAAUUUAUUCGUAAAUACAUUCGUGCAGCUACUUUCCUGACAUUGUCACUCGCUGCUUGUGUAAAAAGUGUACAGUACAGGCUGUAUGACAAUGUGACUGCCCACAAUGGCUGUUUAGAAAAAUAUGAUUUAAUUGAAUGUGUAGCCACAAGGUCUCUUUUUAAAUUGUACCCGCCAAACAAUUGAACAUGUAAUGUUUGGAAUUAACUUGCGUAGUUGGGCCUAUACUAUGCAGUGUCCUAAAACUCUUCUGUCUGUCUCUCUUGGUCCCCCUGUCUCCAGAACCACCAGGAUGCCUUAGGGUCAAGAGCUGCACCUGGCCAGUCUGUCAACAGGAUGCGUUGUGGGUGGUCUUCACUGGCCCUGUACAGAGACUUCAUAUCCAUGCACAUUGAAUUUCUACUGGUACCUGUGAAAAUAGACAAGUUAUCUUUACUCAUUGUGUAUUUAUUAUUAAGUGUUUUGCUUUUCUUUCACUAUUUUCUUUCUCUCUGCAUUGUUUUCUCUUAGCAUUUACUGUUUGUCUACACAUGUUGUUUAGUAAGCAUGUUAUGAAUAAAGAUUAAUCAGAUGUCA